AUGGGCUGCGCGGGUGUGCUUUUCAUGGCGUUCAUUGUGUUGGUGGCGGUGCCUGAUGCAGCAACAGCAAGCCCCGUGGCUCAGGUGCAGAGCCUUGAUGCGGCUGGCCACAAUGGCAGUUACAAUGCCAGCAGCGUCAACGGCCGAAAGGAUGGAGGCGGUGGCGGUGGGGGAGGAGGGGGCAGCAGCGGGGGCACAUCGUGGAGCUAUGGGUGGGGAUGGGGCUGGGGCACCGAGGGCGGCGGCGGCGGUGGAGGUGGUGGUGGCGGAGGAGGGGGAGGCGGUGGAGGAGGAGGAGGUGGUGGUGGCGGCGGCGGUGGCGGAACAAGAACAGAGCAAAACGGACAGGAUGGCCGUGGGACGGCGGCAUCGCGCGGCGCAAGGAGGGCGCGUCGGCACCGGCCGAGCUACAGCUCGAGCCUGUACCGCGUGGGGGAGUACGCGCGGUGCACGGCGCCCGGGCGGUGCAGCGGCAUGCGGCUGCUGUGCCCGAUGCACUGCGACGGACCCUGCUUCUACGACUGCGAUGCCAACUGCAAGGCGCACUGCCGCUUCUAGCCGCCCACACACCAGCGGCAUGUCAAUCAAGUCGGAUGAGAUGAUCAGGCCAACCCAAAGGCAGCUCAAUCCGGCAAGCGUCUAGUGAUCUGGUCACGCUCUGCUCCGGCCGGCGCCACAAACAUUGCCGCCGCUUUCUUUCUCAUUGGCUCGGCUUUGCAGCUUUCUUGGUGAGAUGCUGUUUUGAGCUUUUCUUUUCUUUUUUGUUAUUGCUUUCGUGAUUUCUUAACUGAUUGCUACCAGUACCAGGCUACCAGCUGCCACCGUCACAGGCCCUCUUUCGUGUGUUUGGUUGGGGGUUGAGUGAGUUGGGUUGGAUCCAACCCAGUUUUUGGGGACGGAGUCAACCCAUCCAGUGUUUGGUUGCACUUCUGUUUUUGGAGACGGAGCCAACCCAUUUUAGUGUUUGGUUGAAGGAUUGGGGACAGAGCGGCUCCAUCCAGUGUUUGGAUGAAGGAAUUCAGUGUUUGGUGGGAGCCAAUCCGGUUGGAGCGGCUCCGUCCGCCAGAUUUUGAGGGACGGGUCCAACCCGCAUCUGAGAGGAAUAUUCCACCCUGGAGCCAACCCAACCCUCCCAUCCUCCAACCAAACAGCCACGAGAAUGGGUUCGCUCCGACCCAGCUCGCUCCGCUCUCCAACCAAACACACGGUUUAUGUCUUCUGAGUUCUGACCGUGUCCAAUGUUCCCCAGCUUGCAACUUGUUUUCUGUCUUUGAGCGUGCGUGAGACCCCGGGCGGUCAGACAAUCUAAAGAGUGCAUUUUGGGCUAA